UUAGACGCUCAAUAUUUUGUUGUUUUUGAUUUACAUUAAAAAACGAAACAAAUCGCUCUUAAUAAUUACGUUUCAUAUAACGUGGUGGAAAACAUACAAAAUAUAAAUAAUCUUUGAAUCAUUUCUUUACAGGACUACUAUACAACAGUAUGGCUUACGGUAAAGUGCACAGGUUUUUACUGAGAACCAUCGCUAGCCGAGGAGUUCUGACUUUAAAUGAAAGUCAACAAGUUGUAAACAAAUUUAACGAAAAUAAUGAAACAACAAUAGAAGAUUUGGUGACAGAAAUAAACAAUGAAAUAAGAGCACUACAACAGCAAAUUAAAAUAGCCGAUGAUGAACUUACAAAUGAGCAAGUGAUAAUAUUCAUGUCACUUGGUCAUGAUGCAGCAUCUAAAGCACAGAAUAUUUUUUCUGCAACGGAACUUGAGUACUACAGGCUCUUGAUUGAGGAGAUAAUGAGCACGGAAACAAGACAGAUCACUGGGAUUCUUGCCAUGAAUCUGGUGAAUAGGUUGAAAUCUUCCUUUACUAAAACAGAUGGACAGAAACUACUUGAUACUUGGUGCCGCAUGCGUUACUUGGACAAAGAUCAAAAUAAUAAUAAUUAUGUCCUGGGAGUUAGGGCCAUCCACGAGUUUGAGAGCUAUCUUCGGGAAAAUAUGCCAGACGCCAUUGAAGAAUGCUUUUUGUGCAAGAAAAUUGUCUUCAGGGGUUAUAAUUGCCCAGUGGCAUCAUGUGGACAAGCAGUGCACACAAAAUGCCUGAAUCGGUAUUUGCAGCAAGUCAAGAAGUGGCCCUGCUGCAAAGCAGAUUUCGACCAAUCUCAGCUGGACAGGCUGAAUGCAGACAGUUCCAGGCUCACCCAGACCCAAGUGUUGGACCAAUCCAGCCAGCAGUCAGCCGUAUAUGACACCAUCGCAGAGCCUUCUCAAGACUUGACCCAGGAGCAGACGCAAAGCUUGUUCCCCGAGCUUUCUCAAGGCUUGUUGCCCGAGAUAUCUCAAGACUUGUUGGAUGAAUUAUCCCAAGAACCGGCUCCUGAAGAACCGCGAAGAGUCACGCGAAAGAGGAAGAGGAACUAGUCUGGUACAUUUACCUAUUUUUUUUAUUGUAGAUUUUGCAAUAGAAAUUAUCGUUUAAACGGGCUUUUUAUGUUGAUUUGACAUUUUAAUUCGUUGUUUGUUACUCUUAAUUUGUUUUAAGACGUUGAUUAUGAUGUUCGCUUGCAACUCGCA